AUGCCUCGAGAGGCGGAGAUAUCCGUCAAUGAGCGGACGUUUAUACAACAAGCGCUCCAGGAGAAUAUACGGCUUGAUGGCCGCGCUUUUGACGCUUUUCGGCCGCUAAAGCUCAACUUUGGAGACGAAUAUGGAGUUGCGGACGUUGAGCUCGGAAAGACGAGAGUAAUUGCACGGAUAUCAGUGGAGGUGACGACGCCCCUACCUGAGCGCAAGUUCGAUGGCAUCUUCCAGAUCGUGACCGAGUUCUCUCCCAUGGCAUCUCCAGCAUUUGAAGUCGGACGGCCCACAGAUGCCGAAGUCAUCCUUUCGCGCAUCCUUGAAAAAGCCAUCCGUCGCUCCAAUGCGCUCGACACGGAAUCACUCUGUAUAAUCGCCGGUCUGAAGUGCUUCGCUCUUAGAGCCGAUGUUCAUAUCAUUGACCAUGACGGUGGCCUUAUUGAUGCUUCCUGUAUUGCAGUGAUGGCGGCACUGCAACACUUCCGGAGACCAGACGUAGUUGUAGAAGGAGAGAAGGCCAUUGUGCUCAGCGAAAGGGAACGCGAACCCAUACCACUCUCGAUCCUUCACCAGCCUCUCUGCGUCACAUUUUCAUACUAUGAAGAGGGGGAGAUCUUCCUGGUGGAUGCUACUUUAGCCGAAGAGCAGGUCCGACAGGCUGAGAUAAUCGUCACAAUGAACCGACAUGGCGAGGUUUGCCAGAUUGCUAAAUAUGGCGGUGCUACCGUGGAUCCACUGGCUUUGCUCAACUGCACCAAUAUUGCGCUGCAAAAGGUGCAAGAUAUGAGCAGAUUCAUCCAGCAUAAACUGGACGAAGACGCCAAGAAAAGAGACGUGGGAGGCUUGAUGGCCGAACUCAGUGCUGAGAAUGCACGGUGA